ACUCUCUUUCCCAGCUGCCGGCUCCUGGCAACCCGAAGAUGCACCUGUAUAACAGCGAGCAGAUUCUGAGCUGGGACUCCGUGUCCCCAAGCAACGGCACACGGCCAGUGGCCUACCGGGUGCAGUUUAAAUACACCAGUAGUGAAUGGAGUGACGUCAGCAUCGAGUCCAUAGGAGUGAACUGUACACAGGUCACAGCAACGGAGUGCGACUUCACCGCAGCCAGCCCCUCAAAGGGCUUCCCGAUGCAUUUUAAUGUCUACUUACGCGUACGAGCUGAGCUGGGAGAAGAGCUGGUUUCUGCCUGGGCGACAGUGCCUUGGUUUCAACACUAUCGGAACGUGACUGUUGGGCCUCCGGAAAACAUUUGGGUGACCCAAGGAAAAGGUUCCCUCAUCAUCAGGUUCUCCCCACCCUUUGCCGUCGAUACCUCCCUGGCGACUUUCAAAUAUUAUGUCCAUUACCGGGAACGAGCAGGAACCCAACAGGUGAAAGGCCCUUUCCGAAGCAACUCCAUUUUGUUGGAUAAUUUAAAACCGUUCCGAGUGUACUGUUUACAAGUGGAAGCGCGGCUGUUCUGGAGGGCACAAAACAUCGUAAGACCUGGGCAAUUAAGCAACUCAUCUUGCUACGAAACAACAGCAGAUGCCUCCACCAAGCUUCAACAAGACAUCAUGAUCUCCGUGGGAGUCUUUUCAUUGCUGUUGGUACUGACAGGGGCCUGUUUCUUCCUGGUCCUGAAAUACAGAGGCCUGGUUAAGUACUGGUUUCACUCUCCGCCAAGCAUUCCGUCACAGAUAGAAGAGUAUUUAAAAGACCCAGCCCAGCCCAUCUUAGAGGCCUUGGACAAUGACAGCUCACCAAAGGAUGACGCCUGGGACUCUGUGUCCAUUAUCUCACUUCCAGAAAAGGAGCAAGAAGAUAUUCUCCAAACACCUUAAACCAAAGUAUUGGCCCAGCCCGCCAGCCCCUGGGGAAGAGGACAUUGAACUGAAGAAGCUGCUAAUAAACCUACCUGGACUUUACAGAGACAGUACUUCCGAUUCCUGUUUUAAAAAGACCUACCAGUGCCUAAUGAGAGAGAGUGGUCUCAUGGGGUAGACAACUUAAUUUUUUUCCUUUAAUAAUUUUCUAAAUCAUGCAAGUUUCUAGAAUGAUUACGAUAUCCCAGAAAAAUUACGAUAUCUCAUAAACACUAAAAAGACAUGGAAUUGUUUGUUAGCAAAAUGGCAACAGCACACUGCUGAUAUUUUUCCCAUUGUUUGUUGAGCCAGCCAGUCAAGAGAUUGGGUCCUCAGGCCAGCUGGUGGUGUGUGGGUUAAGGUAGCUGGAUCCCACAUGGCCAGCAGUACAAUUUGAGUCCCAGAACCAGUGGUUUUAAAAACGUACCAGGCACGUGUGUGUACAUGCCCAAAAUGCCAAGAAAAGAAUAAAGGGAAAGGGAUUGCGGUGUGGCCAUACCCCCGGGGUGCUUUCUCACUUUUCUUUCUCUUUCUCUCUCUCUGGAAAGCACAUGUGUACUUAAGCAAAAUGGGGUGUUGGGGAGAGCCUCGGUACUCUUGUUGACUCUAGCAAAUGAGCUGGAGCCCCCCGGUAGGCCACGUAAUCUGUCCCAAGCUGUCCCAAAGGGACACUGAGUGGCCCAUCACAUCCAGUCUGCUGACUUGAAAUGUGAUUAAUCCUGUAAAUAUAUUCCUUAUAAUUUAAGUUUUUCUCUUUAAGCUGGAAAUAAAAGAUUAUAUAAUAAGCUUUCUAAAAAGUC